CAAAUACGAAGUGAACGGCAACACGUGCUUUAUUCAGCAAGGCUUGGAUUUUCCGCCCCCAAACUUCAUCCCGCUUCAAACUCGAAUGCUUACCCGAGUCGAAGAGGAAGCAAGCCACGCAGGAUGCAUUGGCCGAUAUUCCUGGUCUUUGCAUCUGAGGCAGGAUGAAAGCCCUGGCACGGUAGGUCUGGAUGGUUUGAUUGAUUAACCGUCAGUCAAGGCACAGGGUGAUCGUGACCUUCCUCUGCGGAACAUCUGAGCCUCUUUCGAGCUGCAAUCCGUUGAGUAUUGUUUCAUCGCUAAGUAGGGCGCGACUUUCAUUCAAAUUCUCGAAAACCCUAUGAAUCAAUGUAUCAAGUCACACUGCCGUGAUGGAUCCCCUCUCAAUAGCCGCCAGCGUAGCAGGGCUCUGCACACUGGCAGAAUCCGUUGUCGACCGUACACGCGCAUACGUGCGAAGUGUCCGUGGCUCAGAAAAGGAGAUCGCAAAGCUUGUCCGAGCGGCAGCACAGCUUUACGGGAUUUUGGAGCAGAUUCGACUAUUGGAGGAUGACUUUGGCGGUGGCGAGGGAAGGGAGAAGGGAAUGGGUAUGGGAGUUGGAGCGGUUAGAGGUGUGCAUUUGGUGAAGGGAGAGGAGCUGUUUGAAUGUGAGAAAACACUCCGGAAAUUGGAUUCCGUGCUGAAGAAGAGUGAUUCGGGAACUGCGACCGGAUUUGUGAAUGUGGCGAGGAAGAAGUUGGAAUGGCCGUUCAAUUCGGAAAGAGGUCGCGGAGUUAUUACAGGACAUUGACAACCACAAGUCCAUGCUGAAUCUGGCACUCAAUGCAAACGAAAUGGCUGCGAUUUUGUCAUGUCUUGACACUUCUACUCACAUUUCUCAAAUCGUCUCUCGGGAGCAGGUAGAAAAUGAGGAGUUUCGUGCAUCUCAAAGGAAGUUCGCAUUCAGUCGACGGCGACAGAAGAUCCUUGACUUUAUGACUUCGCUUGAUCCUCGGGUAGAUCAAACGACGUACAUUCAGAUGAAGCAAGAUAUGACUGGAUUAUGGUUCACCGAAGGCGACGAGUUCAAGGCUUGGAUGAGCAAGAGGAAUUCCACUUUGUGGUUAUCAGGAGUUCCUGGGGCGGGGAAAACGAUCCUCUUCUCCUCCAUAGUUGAUAAGUUACAAAGAGCCAUAGGCGAAAAUGCUGUGAUGGCAUAUUUCUGCUGCGAUUAUCGAAAUCCGGUCAAACAAGAUGCCACAAUGAUCAUUCGGUCAUUGAUUAGACAAUUCGCUGAGCACAACGAUUUGUGUUUCGACAAGCUUGAAGAAUUCUAUGAAUUUCAUAGCUCAGACGACAAAGUUACACUGCCAACACAACGAGAUCUCGUUACAAUGCUUAUCGACAUGAGCGAAGACGUUGAUGAUGCGUUGAUACUGAUCGAUGCACUGGACGAAUGUCUCACAGAGAGAGCCGCUGUCAUCAAACUACUCAGAGACUUGAACAUCCAAUCCCAAAAGAUCAAGACUCUGUUCUCAAGCCGAGAUGAGGUCGAUAUAAGUGCGCAAUUGCAAGGCUACACUACUGUGUCUAUGGCGGAAAACACAUCCGAUAUCUCAAGAUAUGUCAAAUCUGAACUGAAGGUGAAAGAGUGGGCUAAAGAUUUAGGUCAGAAGGAGAAAGAAUCCAUCAAAGACUCGCUGAUCGAGCCAGCGGGUGGCAUGUUCCGCUUGGUGGCAUGUCAACUUGAUGCUCUGGCCAAGUGUAAGACGGCCGCUUCCAGGAGGAAGGUGCUGAAAACACUACCUCGAGAUCUCUCUGAGACUUACUCUAGGAUUCUCAAGCAUAUCGACUCUACGGAAAUCGCGGACAAUAGAGUCAUUGUGCAAAGGGUAUUGAGGUGGGUGACAUGGGCAGCAGAAGGGCUUUCAUCACAGCAACUACAAGAAGCCAUCGCGAUUAAUGCAGGGAACGAGGAGCUCGAUCCUGAUGUCAUCACUCCAGAAAGCGAUAUUCUGGAUCUUUGCAGCAGUCGCGUAAGAUGCAACCCCACCGGCAUUAUCGAACUUGCCCAUGCUACAGUGAAAGAAUUUCUCACCACCAUCCCGCCCACGAGCGAGUACUACUUUUACCAUGUAGACGAGAAAUCUGACAUGGAGGAGCCUGCAGUCACGUGUCUGACCUAUCUCUGUCUGGACAAUUUUGGCGAAGAUAGAGACUGGGACUCAGAAUCCAUCUCGUCUGGAAGUACAAGAAUCAGCUUUAACUCCAAGAUCACGGGUAGCGAUCAGCCAGAGAAGCCGGACGUGGUUUUGUGGUAUCAUUUCCUGGACCACGCUGCCAAAAACUGGGACUAUUAUGCUGGGAAAGUCACAGAAAACUGCUCCCCAGUUUUGGCACUAGAAAAGGUCUUAUUCACAUCCGCAAAAUCACCACAAUUUCUCAACUGGGCGAAACAUCGAUUGGAGCCAACUAAAUACAGACGAAACUACGACGGGGGUUUACUAGCAGAGAGUACAACGCUGCAAUUGGUUGCGUUGCUUGGACGUACUGCAACGUCUCAAUGGCUGAUCGACCAAGGUUCUGACGUGAACCAAGCGACUGUUGUGUUAGGAAGUCCCCUCACUUGCGCAGUACUUGGUGAGAGUGUCUUUCAUCUUCGUACAGACCAUGGAAGCGAUUCUGGUAGCGACAAUGGGAGCAGUAACUAUGACGAUGACUACAACGUCAGAAAAAGCCGCGCAUGGCACUCAGAGAAUCGAUACAGAACCAUUGCUACUCUGCUGAGCUGUGGAGCGAUAAUGGAUGGCAUGCCCUCUGAGGAAUCAAGAUCUCUCAUGGAAUUGGCCCUGUUAAUCGGAGAGCCCAGCCAUAUCAAGCUCCUCUUAUCCCACGGUGCCACCCUCGAUACUGACUGCUUGGCGUAUCUGGAGACGCAAUGUUCCGAAAGCUCCCGUCAAAAAGAAAUGCUUGAUAUUCUCAGCACAGUCACUAAGUCCAAUUACGCCUCUACCGAUGCCCAAAAGGCGACGAAACUUAUUUUCCAGUUCGGGACAUCAAGCGGUCAGGCAGCAAAACUGCUUGCCGAUAGUCUGGAAGACUUGACGAAGGGCGAAGGUACCGAGGUACAGGAUAAAAAUGUAGCUCUGAGAAAGGUGUCUGAAUACGGACGUAGGUAUUAGAGGGCGUCAUUUACUUAUACGGUCUAAAUGCCAUAACGUGUUCUAGUUGCAUUGGUUUCAUCCCCUAAGCAACACAAAUAGGAAACUGUGUCACGCCUAGAAUAUGAAUUGGUGGCCCAAUUAUUGGACCAUCCAGACAUUAUAAUCGACCAUGCAGACACAUCCGGCUUCACAGCUCUACAUGAAGCAGCAGAAAGCGGCCACUUACAUGUUGUGCGCCUUCUGGUAGAAAAGAACUUCAAUGUCAAUGCACGGGACAAGGAUGGUGAUACUCCGGCAAUGCGAGCUGCGAGUUGUAAUCAUCUUGAAGUCGUACAAUUCCUUCUACAGCAUGGCGCCGCUCUUGCUGAUCAAGUCAAUACUAAUGGCGAGACCAUUGCAUAUAUUGCUGUAGAGAGCGAUUGUCAUCGAAUUGUGCAGUACGUUACUGAAAUAGAGCCUCGAAAAUGGAAGCCUCAAAAGCACCAAAUACAUCUUGGAUAAGUUUCCCUCUGAUGAGCUUAUAGCAACAGCAAAGGAUGGAAGGUCGACGCUACAUUUUGCAGCAGCCUCUGGCAGUAAAAAGGUCGUUGAGGCGGUCCUAAAAGAUCACCCAAAUGUCAACAUCAAAUCAAGGGAUGGUUGUACAGCGCUUCAUUAUGCUGUGGACGACGACUGUUUGGACCCAGGUGUAAUCAGUGCCUUGCUUCGUGCCGGCCUCGAUGGGGCACCGAAGAAUGACAUGGGUGAUUUACCUGCACACUAUGCGUCGGUGCGCGGUGAUUGGGAUCAUUUCUCUGUUCUGAAGAAGCUACUAGAGGGUGCUGGAGAUGAGUGCCAGUGGCUCAAUGAGGAGAAUGGUGCUUGCCGAUCGGCCCUCCAGAUCAUCACUUCACAUUCAAACUUCACAGAUUAUAGCCUUAAGAUGAUCAACACCCUCUGCAACUACCGAGGGUUGGCUCUCGAACCCCCAGGCCUGGGACUCACUGGUGGU